CAAAGAACACUGAUUAUGAAGAAUAUACCCCACAAGACAGUUCUACAUCCUCAGAAGCAGUGUUCAUGAGUGAAACAUCUACAGCUCGGACUUGUUCUAUUCCUGCUGCACCUGCAUGUCCAGUCUGCCCAACCCUGCAGAAUCCGACUACAACUACUGUCACAGAGACUACACCUGCAAUAGUGGACAAAGUGUGCGAAACCAAAGAGUGCUACGCCACUGCCGGACGGAUGUUGUCGUUGGUGGAUGUCACAGUGGAUCCUUGUGAGGACUUCUACUCCUACGCUUGUGGUGGAAUAUUGGAUAAUCCAACUGUUCUGGAAGAAGAUCCGGAAAUUGAUGUGUGGGACAGAAUGAAAAAAGCUGUAAAGGCCAUAUCGCCUCUCAGUCCAGCGUCUCAUCAGAAGUUAAAGAACUACUACGAGGGGUGUGUUCAUUAUGACAAACUUAUCUCAGAGGAGGAGAGAAAAAUAGAAGGUCGUAAAAUACUGGACAGUGUAGGACUGUUUGUGAACGCUACAAGUGAUCCUCAGAAUGACUUCACAGAACUUCUCAUCAGUCUCUUUAAACACGGCAGUGAACCACUGUUCAGACUCCAACUUGAUGUGGACUCUACCAAUUCCUCUUUUUUCCAAAUGGCAAUCACAGUACCUGACUGGUCAUCUUCUCAUUUCCGACCUGCUGCUGAGAGGAACAAAAAGUGUAGGCACAAACCAUCAGAUAAGAUUCCCGAGGACCUUCGCGUGGCUUACUCAGCUUACACAAACUGUAAGAACAAUUUCUCAAACUUCAUGGAAACAACACAAAAAGCCUUGGAGUAUUUUGGAGUAUUCGACUACAUGGAUCAUUUUGAAUCAGCUCAACUCAUUCAAGAGAUCCGGAUAUCAAUUGAAUUUGAUAUUUUGGAGCUACUUGCAGAGCUUCCCACACCAGAUGUUGUGCAAGACAGUAUCCAGAAAAAAGACUAUAAACUCAUUAUUAAACCUCAGCUAGAAGCAACUAUUCCACAGAUCUCUUGGAGUUUUCUAUUUUCCACUUUACUAAACGUUGAGUUGGAUGAUAGUUCUUAUGUGCAAGUUUACUUUUUGGAUGAAAUAAGCAAUUUUUUCAACAAGCUUCAGACUAAAGAUGUGAGGACUGUACACAACUCUCUGCUAGCAGUGUUUGCACACAACCUGUACAAAGACCUGAUGUUGACCCACAGCCCAUGUGAUCGCGAGCAGUAUUGUUUGCACGUGGCUGCUAGUCUCAUGCCAGCUGUAGUGUCCAACUUGUACCUCGGAACCUUCCCUGCCGAUACUGACAGGGAUCUGCGGACUCAG